AUGCUCAACAUGACCGAGGAGCACGACAAAGCGCUGGAGGCUCCGUGCAGCCCCGCGGGCACCACCAGCUCCAUGUCCCACGUGGACUCGGACUCGGACUCGCCGCUCUCCCCCGCCGGCUCCGAGGGGCUGGGCUGCGCCCCCGCAGCCGCCCCGCGCCCUCCCGGCGCCGCCGCCGCCGCGCUGGGGGCCAAGGUGGACGCGGCCGAGGUGGACGAGCGCUUCCCCGCCUGCAUCCGCGACGCCGUCUCGCAGGUGCUCAAGGGCUACGACUGGAGCCUGGUGCCCAUGCCCGUCCGCGGCAACGGAUCGCUCAAAGCCAAGCCGCACGUCAAGAGACCCAUGAACGCCUUCAUGGUGUGGGCGCAGGCCGCCCGCAGGAAGCUGGCGGAUCAGUACCCGCAUCUGCACAACGCCGAGCUCAGCAAGACCCUGGGCAAGCUCUGGCGUUUACUGAGCGAAAACGAGAAACGUCCCUUUGUGGAGGAAGCCGAGCGCCUCAGGGUGCAGCACAAAAAGGAUCACCCGGAUUACAAAUACCAGCCCCGGAGGAGGAAAAGCGUCAAAGCCGGGCAGAGCGACUCGGACUCGGGGGCUGAGCUCAGCCACCACGCCGGCACUCAGCUCUACAAGGCAGACACGGGGCUGGGGGGCAUGGCCGAAUCCCACCACCACGGCGACCACACAGGCCAGCCCCACGGACCCCCCACACCUCCCACCACCCCCAAAACCGACCUGCACCACGGCAGCAAGCAGGAGCUGAAACACGAGGGCCGGCGCCUGGUGGAGAGCGGCCGCCAGAACAUCGACUUCAGCAACGUGGACAUCUCGGAGCUGAGCAGCGAGGUCAUCAACAACAUGGAGACCUUCGACGUGCACGAGUUCGACCAGUACCUGCCCCUGAACGGGCACGGGGCGCUGCCGGCCGAGCACGGCGCCGCCGCCGCCUCCUACGGCAGCUCCUUCCCGCACUCGGGCGCGGCCGCACAGGUGUGGACUCACAAGAGCCCGGCUGCAGCAUCGCCAGCAGCGGCAGAGCCGGGCCAGCAGCAACAACAGCAGCAGCAGCAGCAGAGGCCUCACAUCAAGACGGAGCAGCUGAGCCCCAGCCAUUACAGCGAGCAGCCGCACGGCUCGCCGCCUCACUCCGACUCGUACGGCUCGUACGGCGCCCAGCCCUGCGCCACCUCGGCCGCGCCCGCCGCCGCCGCCGCCUCCUCCUUCUCCAGCUCUCAGUGCGACUACACGGACCUGCAGAGCUCCAACUACUACAACCCCUACCCCGGCUACGCCUCCAGUCUGUACCAGUACCCUUAUUUCCAUUCCUCACGCCGUCCUUACGCCACCCCCAUCCUCAACGGGCUGUCCAUCCCGCCGGCGCACAGCCCCAGCGCCAACUGGGAGCAGCCCGUGUACACCACGCUCACCAGGCCUUAAAGGAUUCCUGCAGCUUUCCCCAGGCUUCCCUGGAAUUAUGCACUAAUGAAGGAAUGAGGAGGAGAAAAAAAAAAAAAAAAAAAGCGUGGAGUGUUUCCAAAGUGCCUCCCCGAGCCGCUGGGAACUUCUGCUCGUUGCCACCUUGCUAAGAGAAAACUCCCCGAAAGGACAGAGCUCUAUUUUUUUU